GUCUCCCUCUAAAUACUCAAAAGAGUUAUCCUGCUGAGUAUUAUACAUGGAGCAAAAUAAAGCCGGUCGGUUAUAAAAAUACUGCUUUGCAGGCCAAGUUGGCCGCGCCAGACAGUGUAAGCCUAUGCACACGGGAAAUGGCGGGGACGAACUCGCCGUCCUCUACAGUUUCUAGAGAUGAAUCUUCAUCAUCCUCAAAACUAGAACCGUCUGAAUCGAUUGCAGAGAAUCUUCCAUGUAGGGUCCUUCAGUCCUCUGCGAUUCGUGCUGCUCGUUCUCCGAGACACAACUCUUCCACCCAUUUCCGUCCCUUCCAGUUGGUGGACACCUCUAUGGAUUCCCAAACUUGCAGAAGGGGAGAAGUGGCAGAUCAUGAUAAAGAGGAGGCCCUCUUUAGGCGCUUGCGGGAGUCCUUAGAUGCUCAUCCAGAUGAUGCUUCGCUCCAUCUUGAAAUGGGCGUAUUUUUGUGGGAGAAAGGAGAAGCUAAGGAAACCAAGGAAAAUGCUGCUGAACAUUUUCUGAUAUCGGCCAAGUUGAACCCUGAGAAUGGUGACGCUUUCAAAUUUCUUGGCCAUUAUUAUCGCUGCGUUUCCGGCAAUGCUCAGAGAGCCCUGAAGUGUUAUCAGAGAGCUGUUACGCUCAAUCCCGAUGAUUCUGACUCUGGGGAAGCUUUAUGCAAUUUGCUUGACGAAGGAGGAAGAGAGAAUUUGGAGGUGGCAAUAUGCCGCGAAGCUUCUGAAAAGUCACCCAAGGCUUUCUGGGCUUUCCGCAGACUAGGCUACUUGCAGGUCUAUCAAAAGAAAUGGAUCGAGGCUGUACAGAGUCUGCAGUAUGCCCUACGAGGCUAUCCUACAUGUGCUGAUUUGUGGGAAGCUUUGGGUCUUGCUUAUCAACGACUAGGCAGGUUUACUGCAGCUGUUAAGUCUUACGGCCGUGCCCUAGAAUUGGAUAACGCUCGAGUCUUCGCUUUGGUUGAAAGUGGAAAUAUCUUUUUGACACUUGGCACAUUUGAAAAGGGAGUUGAUCACUUUCGACAAGCUUUGGCGAUCUCGCUCCAUUGUGUCUCUGCACACUAUGGAAUUGCUUUUGGGUUGCUUGGUUUUGCUAAAAACUGCAUUAAUCGGGGCGCUUAUCGGUGGGGAGCUUCAAUAUUAAAGGAGGCAUCUCAGUUUGCUAGGACAUGUACAUAUAUUGUUAAAAAUAUCUCAUGUAUUUGGACGUUGCUUGCUGAUAUUCAGCUUGCAUAUGCAAAAUGUUUUCCUUGGAUCGAUGAGAUUCAAGAGUUGGAAUCUGAUGAGGCUUUCAAGGCUUCCAUCUUGUCAUGGAGGAAGGCCUGCUCUUUUGCUGCAAGAGAUGCUAGAGUUUCGUAUCAAAGGGCCUUGCAUUUGGCUCCAUGGCAAGCUAACAUCUAUGUUGACAUUGCAGUAACUUCAGAUCUUAUUAUCUCAUUGGAUAAUGAUCACAAACAAGACACAAAUGCAUGGCAGCUAUCAGAGAAGAUGUCUGUGGGGGCCCUGCUGCUGGAAAGUGACAAUUAUGAGUUCUGGGUGGCAUUGGGAUAUGUGUCUGAUCAUAAUGCCCUAAAGCAACAUGCUUUAAUUAGAGGAUUACAGUUGAAUGUGUCUCUAGCUAUUUCUUGGGGAUAUCUUGGGAAGCUUUAUAGAAAAAAGGGUGAAAAGCUAUUGGCAAGGCAAGUAUUUGAUCGUGCUAGAAGUAUUGAUCCUGGGCUUGCAUUGCCCUGGGCAAGCAUGUCAGCUGAGUGUCACACGAGGGAGCUUGCACUAGCUGAGGCAUUUGAGAGCUGUUUGCGGGCUGUACAAAUAAUGCCUUUAGCUGAAUUCCAAAUCGGCCUCACUAAGCUCGCCUUACGCACUGGCCAUCUUUCAUCUUCACAGGUCUUCGGAGCUAUUCAGCAGGCUGUGCAGCGUUCACCUCAAUAUCCUGAAUCCCAUAAUUUAAAUGGGCUGGUAUUUGAGGCUCGAAAAGAUUAUCAGUCUGCUGCUACUUCUUAUAGAUUAGCACGCCAUGCAAUGAACACUGGCUCAUGUAAUGUUCCAAACUCACAGAUCAGGGAUGUAUCAAUCAAUUUGGCAAGGGUACUUUCUAAGGCAGGGAAUACAGUUGAUGCUUUGGAAGAAUGCGAACAUUUGAAGAAAGAAGGGGCGCUUGAUUCAGAAGGUUUGCAAGUAUAUGCUUUUUCUCUGUGGCAACUUGGUGAAGAUAAUAUGGCCCUUUCUGUAGCUCGAAGUCUUGCUGCAAGUCUUUCUUCUAUGGAGAAGACAUUUGUGGCAACAUCCAUUUGUUUCAUCUGUAGAUUAUUAUACUCCCUACGUGGGUUGGAUGCAGUGACCACUAUGAUUGUGAAAAUGCCCAAAGAGUUAUUUCAAAGUGCCAAAGUGAGUUUUGUACUGUCAGCUAUUCAUGCUCUUGAUGGGCACAAUGACUAUCUUGGAUCUGUUGUCUCAAGUAGUCGAUCUUUUCUCACUUCUCAUGAAGAAAUUGCCAAGAUGCACUUUUUAGUUGUGCUUGGUAAACUGGUGAAAAAUGGGUCUGAAUGCUACCUUGGAGUUCAGAGUGGAGUUCUGCACCUUAGGAAAGCUUUGCACAUGUUCCCUAACAGCAAUUUGCUGAGGAAUCUACUUGGUUUUCUCUUGGUAUCCUGUAAAGAGAUAAACAACUGUCACAUAGCAAUAAGGUGUUGCAAAUCAGACCCUCCUGACCUUCCAAAUCAAGAAGGUUUUAAAUUAGCAUCAGAUAUUCAAGGCGCUGGAGCAAUUUCUUGCUACACCAUUGGAAACAAUAAUUCAAAGCACUUUCCAACUUGUGCAAAGCAGUAUCAUACUAAUCUGAAAUCUAUCAGAUACCAGCAGAAAUGCUUUCAUCAAAAACCAUGGAAUCACAAUGCUCGAUACUUGCUUGUUCUUAACUAUCUUCAGAGGGCACGCGAAGAGAGAUUUCCUUAUCAUCUUUGUGUUAUAAUUAAUCGUCUAGUUUUUGUGGCUCUUUCUAAUGAAUUAUAUUGUAAGGCAGAAGUGUCUUACCAAUAUCAACAGUUCCAACUUCUUCUCUGUGCUUCUGAGAUUAGUUUACGUUGUGGGGACCAAGUUACUUGUAUCACCCAUGCUAAAAAGGCUGCUGAAAUUGUACUUCCUGAUGAUUAUUUAUUUUUUGCACACCUACUGUUGUGUCGUGCUCAUGCUAUGAAAAGUGAUUUUCUAAAUCUACAGAAAGAGUAUACAAGGUGCUUGGACCUUAGAACAGAUUGUCAUAUUGGCUGGAUUUGUCUCAAACUAGUGGAAUCUCGAUAUCAGCUCCAAAUUGAUUCAAAUGCUAUAGACUUGAACUUUGAGCACAGUAUUAGAAAGGGUGGCAGUAUAGGGAAAAUGUGGAUGGCUGUAUAUAACCUGGUGAGAGGCUUAAUUUCCUUGCAGAAUGGGGAUUUACUCUCAGCAGAAGAGCUCUUGGCACAGGCUUGUUUAUUGGUGGAUUCCGAAACCUGCCCCUAUUUAUGUCAUGGAGCUAUCUGUAUGGAGCUUGGCAGGCAGUGCUAUGGCUCUUCGUUUUUAUCCCGGGCUGCAAAGAGCCUUGCCAAAGUUCAUGAACAUUCAAUGAUUCCCUUACCUCUUGCUAGACUAUUGCUGGCUCAAGCAGAAGGUAGCCUUGGUUUUAAAGAGAAUUGGAUCAGAAACCUUGGCUUUGAAUGGCAUUCGUGGCCCCCAGAACUGAGACCUGCUGAGCUCUUCUUUCAAAUGCAUCUGCUUGCAAGACAGUCGAAAGUUGGUUUUAACACCCAGUCCAGCGGAAGGUCCUUCUACAGUCUUCAAAGAUGGGUUCUUCAAGCAAUUCACAUAAACCCUUCCUGUAUGAGAUAUUGGAGAGUUUUACUGAAGCUCACAGGAUUCGAGUAAACAUCGCCGAUGUGCGUGGACUGGGAAGGAAUUUGUUCUCCUAUGUUUCCUGACCACUGCAAUCAAUUUGGGACACAGGAGAAAAGAAUGUAAAACGCUUCGAAAUCUAUUCUAAAGAACAUGAUUUGAUGCUCGCUUAUCCAAGCUGAGUAUGAUUGAUUUUGUUAAAAUAGUAAUGUUUAUAAGCCAGAAUAGGGUUAUCGUACUUCACUGCAAACAUCACAUUGUACCGCAGUUUUCUUUUAAACUUUUAUCUUAUAUAUGUGAGCACAUCUGUAUUAGAAAUCUUGCACAAUCAUUCAAACAGAUCUUCUCUAA